UUGCAGAGGAUUUAGGAUGGAUCUAAAAGCCUUUUUAAGAAGAUCUAAAAGCCUUUGAUAAGACAGCUAUUACUAAUAUCUUUAACUAUUAGUCGUUUUUUACAAACAGUGUGGUGAUGGAAGUGCAGCGAGGGAGUCCUCGCCAGUCGCUCUGGCGUCUGGUCGAGGCGCAGGUUCCUCGGUCAGAGCUGCCGGAGGUGCGCGCGGCGCUGGGACAGUCCCUGGUCGACAUGUACACGGAGGUCCACUCCGAGCUGGACAUGUGGCUGGGAAUAUGGCGAGAGAUCAAGCAAGGUGGUAACUGUGGCAGCAGGCCGGAGACCCCACGCAGUCCUCUGGCGGACCCCCCUGUGGGCAAAGAGCUGCUGAGGGGGGAGGUCAGGAUGUUACUGCAGUCCAUCAGAGAGAGAGCCUGCAGGGAGGGGAGAGAUGGUGAGGAGGUCUGGUCACGGUACGACCCUGCCACAGUGAACUAUGCCCUGGGUCGCUCCACAGACAACAGCCGCAGUGUCCCUGGGAGCAGCACCCCACCGCCACAAGGAACCAGUGUUGUUGAUGAGCUGGAGGCUGUGAGGGACCAGUUGAACGUGGUCCACAUAGACCGGGUGGUGGAGCAUCUUCGGUGCGUUCUAACACAGGACUGUGAGGCAUUAAAGAGGCUGUUGCUUUGGGUUCAGGAGGAUAUUGAGCAACAAUACAGGAGUCAGUGCCAGAUCAAAGACAGAGAACCAACGUUCACAGAGCUGAGAGAACAGAGGAGAGUGAUCCAGAUGGAUUUAGAUCUUCCAAGUCCCCUCCUUCCACGACCCCUCUCAUCUUCCUCCUCCUCCUCCUCCUCCUCUUCCUCUGUGUCUUCCCCGCCACCCAACAGCCAAAGGUUUACAAACCCUUCCAGAUCUUCAGCUGGACUUGGGACCCCUCACCCCAGGGCCGGCCCCCCAGACCUGAGACCCCGCCCACCGGACCAGAGACUCCGCCCACUCUCCUCUCUGUCCCUCGUUAUGCCGAGCCCGCCGCCCUGGGCUCCCCCGGCGAGGCCCCGCUCUACGUCGUCGCUGCGGCCCCCCCGGGGGUCCUCUUCGACCAGGACUGGAGAUCUGCAGCCUGGCGCCCUGCUGCCCCACCCCAGUGAAGCAGCUCUCAGACCAGCAGCGACCAGCACCAAGAGGGCCGCCAGAAGGCAGAUUAGUCCCCGUAGUCUGAGUGUGGAUCAGAGGCACAAUGCCAAGGGCGGCGAGAACAAUUCUAAAAGGGUGUUGAUCAGCGGAACAAUGCCAAGGGCAUAG